AUGAGGCCUCACACAGGUGUUGGUCUGCUUGACAUUUCAUCCGAUCUUGAGCCAACAGAAGGUUAUGCUGUAGCUCAUAAGGCGGGAACUGAUGCUAUGAGACUUCCAAGGUGUACUUCAAAUUUGGAAGAGCUCCGUUCAGUGGAUAUUGUGAUUGAAGCUAUUGUGGAAUCCGAAGAUGUGAAGAAGAGGCCGUUUGUUGAGCUAGAUAAGAUUACUAAACCUUCUGCCAUUUUUCCAUCAAAUACAAGUUCCAUAUCUAUUAUUCGUCUCGCGUCUGCAACCAACAGACAGCGCCAGUAUGGGUUUCAGUUUAGAAGUAAACUUGAUUUGUUUGGAUAA